CCGGUCCUGCCUGAGGGAGCUUCCGGUCCUGCGCAGUGCGGCGGCGCCGGACCCCCCUGAGCCGCAUCUGGGGCCACUCGUGCCCCUCCCCCCCACCGCAGAGAUGACGUCACUGGCCACCAGCAGCCAGAUGGUCACCGAGUAUGUGGUUCGUGUCCCCAAGAACACCAACAAGCGCUACAACAUCAUGGCCUUCAACGCCGCCGACAAGGUCAACUUCAGCACCUGGCACCAGGCCCGGCUGGAGCGCGACCUGAGCAACCGGCGGCUGUACCAGGAGGACGAGCUGCCCGAGGCCGGCGCCGGCAGCGAGUUCCACCGGCGGCUGCGCGACGAGGCGCGGCGGCGCAAGCUGGGGAUCGUGCUGCGCGAGUUCCGCGCCGAGGAGCAGCCCUGGCUGCUGCGCGUCAACGGCAGGGCCGGCCGCAGGUACCGGGGGGUGAAGAAGGGCGGCGUCACCGAGAACGCCUCGUACUACGUGUUCACCCAGUGCCCCGACGGCGCCUUCGAGGCCUUCCCGGUGCUCAGCUGGUUCAACUUCACCCCCCUGGCGCGGCACCGCACGCUGACCGCCGAGGAGGCCGAGGAGGAGUGGGAGAGGAGGAACAAGGUCCUGAACCACUUCAGCAUCAUGCAGCAGCGGCGCCUGCGGGACCAGGACGAGGAGGAGGAGGAGGAGCGCGGCGGGAGGAAGGUCCCCAAGAAGGGAGGGGACAGGGACAGGGGCCACGGGGACAGGGGGGACCUGCGGAUCCACGACCUGGAGGACGAUCUGGAGCUGAGCUCCGAGGACAGCGAGGGCAGCGAGGCCGAAGGGGACAAGGUCCCCAAGCGGAAGGCGCCGCCGGGCGGGAGGAAGAAGAGGAAGAAGAAGAAGGGGUCGGAGGACGAGGCCUUCGAGGACAGUGACGACGGCGACUUCGAGGGCCAGGAGGUCGACUACAUGUCCGACGCCUCCAGCAGCUCGCAGGAGGAAGAAGAGGCCAAGGCCAAGGUGACCAAAGAGGACGAUGGGCCCAAAGGAAUCGACGAGGCGAGCGAGAGCAGCGAGGAGAGCGAAGAGGAGAAGCCGCCCGAGGAGAAGGAGGAGGAAGAGGAGGAGAAGAAGGUCCCGACCCCCCAGGAGAAGAAAAAGAAGAAAGACAGCAGCGACGAGUCGCAGACGUCGGAGGAGAGCGACAUCGAUAGCGAAACGUCCUCCGCGCUCUUCAUGGCGAAGAAGAAGACCCCCCCAAAACGCCGCGGCUCCACCAGCUCCUCGCGGGGGGGCAGCCGCCCCGGGACCCCCACGGAACUGGGGGGGCCCAGCAGCACCAGUAACACCAGUAACACCCUGCGCGCCGCCGCCUGCAAGCUGGAGCAAGGCCGCCGCCCCCCCGCAGACCCCCCCUCCGCCAAGCGCCCCCGUGUGGACCCAGCGCCGCCCUCGGGCAAAUCCACCCCCAGCAGCGGCGAGGUGCAGCUGACGGAGGAGGCGGUGCGGCGCUAUUUGGGCCGCAAGCCCAUGACCACCAAGGACCUGCUGAAAAAGUUCCAGACCAAGCGCACGGGGCUCAGCAGCGACGCCACCGUCAACGUGCUGGCCCAGAUCCUCAAGCGCCUCAACCCCGAGCGCAAGGUCAUCGGCGACAAGAUGCACUUCUUCCUCAAGGAGUAGCCCCCCCCGGGCCGAUGGGGACCCCCCCGCUUCGAUACGGACCCCCCAAAUCCUUCAGACCCCCUCGAAUCGGCUCCGAGCCCAAGUGCAAAGUCAUAAAAGGUUAAGUCGUAAAA